AUGAAGCAGCACAUCCCAAAAUUAGAAAAAUGGCAAAAAUUCGAUAAAAUUGCCAAAAUAAUUAUACAAUGGUCGCUCUCAGUUAACAUGAUCAGGAGGUUCCUUUCUAAUGAAAAUAACAGGAAAUUAAGUGCUAAGGAGCUUCACAACUCCAUAAGAGCACACUUUAGAAAGGUUUUCCUUUUUGAUAAGUUACUUAAUUCCCGUUAUGAUGGGAUAAGUGGUCUGGGUAACCACGUUAAGAGCUUGUUUGAUAUGGCUUAUGAGUUAAAGGCACUUGGAUUAGAUGUGUCUGAUGAGUUUAUGUGUGUAAAUUUUGCAAGUUACCAAAUUGAUGAUAAGUAUAAGAAUGACUUCGAAAGACAGUUGCACAAUGCAAUAAGAUUAAUUAUCCCAAAUAAUUCUAAGAAUAAGUUAGUAACAGUUGAAGAGGAAGACGUUCCAUAUGCUUCGGCUAUCAUUAACUUUAAGAAUGCUUAA